AUGAUACAAUUUCGUAAAAGGAAGAUGUUCAAAGUCGGACCAAUUGGGUCAAAACUCUUUGAUACAAGUUGGGACGAGAAGGACGAGAAGGGACGUAACAUGAUAUCCAAUAUAUAUGUUGCUUUCAACAAAUAUAAAAUACAUUCUAUUCAGUUUAGCUAUUUUCAGAAGGGAGGUCAUGUCGUGUCUAAAAAGUACGGUUCGUCCAAAGAAGGUGAAUUCUCCUACGAAAUUGUUAGACUUAAUCACGAUGAGUAUGUGACUGGGCUGAGUGGAAUAUGUUUUCAAGGAAGGGUCACGUCUUUGACAUUUUACACUAACCAGAGGAAACACGGGCCGUUUUGUGAUCAAUAUUCAUCAAAUUCUCUUAUAAAUUCAUCAUAUAAGAGGGAAAUUGAUGUGGGGAUACGUGAUCGUCGUGAGUUUGGUGGUUUCUUUGGUUCUUAUGAUCAAUAUGGAAUGUCAUCCAUUGGGAUCUAUGUUUAUCCCACGUACGAUAACGACUUCCCUCUCAAUGAACCUGUCAGAACUAGGGCCGUCCCUGAGCCCAGCGAGGUGCAACAUGGGAUUAAAACCAACUACAAAGUCACCGAAGUCACCGAUGAAGACGACGACCAGCUCACUCUCUACCAAUCAACAUCCUUUAGCCACAAAUCAGAAUCAACCAUAAUGGGACGCUUGAAUAUCAAAUGCCUAAUGAGGUCUAGCUCCGAUGAUAAUCAUGCCAAAGACAUCGUUCAUAAGUUUGAAGACAAGAGCAGUCUCUACCAAAAAGCUGACUGAUCUUGAAUAUCAAAAUGCCUAAUGAGGUCUCCGAUGGAUAUUCUCCAAGUUAGGGUGCAUUUUCUUGGACUAAUUAGGUUUUCUUUUCUAUUUCUUAAUCAGUUGUGGUAGUGUUCAAAGAGUAGCCUAGUUCAAGUUGCUGUUGAGUUUUUAUCUUAAAUAAAGUAUAGCUUUAAUGAAGCAAUGUCUUAGUUAAUGAAGCAAUGUCUUAGUUUCAUCUUUCUAUAUGAUCUCAACUCUGAGUUUAUCAAGAGUAGCCUAGUUCAAGUUGCGUGUCUUUUAGUUUCACCUUCUUCUUUUUUUU